AUAUAUAUACACAACACACAUAUAGAAAUACCUAUGACCAAGAGUAGGUGUCAUUUCAGGAUCAUUUCUGACAAUUAUUUCUUUUGAAUUCAUUUUUAAUCAUGUCAUAUUUGAAUCAACCUGAUUAUGUGCGUUACGUAUGUAACUGUGGAUCUUUGAAACCGAUUUCGAAGAUUUAUUUUUGUAGACAUUGUUCGAAAAUACGUUGUGGUUACUGUGUAUGUCAAGAGGUUGAUUCACAUUAUUGUCCUAAUUGUAUGGAAAGUUUGCCUUCAUCAGAGGUCAGACUUAAGAAAAACAAGUGUUCGAAUUGCUUUGAAUGUCCUUGCUGUUUUCAAACUUUAUCUACAAGAGCUGGACAUGUUCCUUUAAGAGUAGCACCUCCAGAAGGAGAAGAUGCUAAAGAUGUUAAAACAACACCUAAGAAGGUUUAUUAUUUAUUCUGUUCAUUAUGUAGAUGGACUUCCAGAGAUGCUGGUAUUCCAGAUCAAUCAGUGGCUACUGGAGGUUGGCCUGAACAGGAAAACCCUCAUAUAAAUCGUAUAAACGCAUUAAUUGAUUAUCAUAAAAUAUUAGGCUACAUAGAGAAACAACAACGCGAGAAAAAGAAGUUUCGACCUAAGCGACUUUACAUGCAAAUGGCGAUGUUUACUAUGACAUCUGCUAUGAUGCGUAAACGUAUCGGCCUCCCUUCGGAACCUCCUAUGCACUCGCAAUCAACCGACGAACCACCGCCAGCUAUUGCUAGCGAAGAAGUAGAGGAAUUACCGGCGGAAAUUUUUACUGAAUCAGUAGAUAUAACUAAAAUAACUACGCUAGAACAACGAUUACAACAUCCGGAAGUACAAGCGGAAAAAGUAAACGAACUACGUCCACAACAUAGACAAUUUUUAGUUAAGAUAUCGCAGCGGUGUCGAGUUUGCGAACAUAGUCUCAGUAAACCAGAUCUUUGUCCACAAUCUACAAAGUUCAAGAUUCAACUGGCCGCAUUCUAUUAUGUGCCAGAGGUAAGGAUUGUUACUUGCGAACCACUUCGUCCAGGCAAGUCAAGUGAGCUGCUGUUGAAAUUUUGUAACCCAACUCAGCAUCAAACUCAAGUAACCUUAUUACCAUUGGAUACACCAGUAAUUCCUACUGUAACUGUAGCAAGUGAGAAAGAGGAGUUUGAGGAGGAAGAUGCGCAACAGGAAUCUGAAUCUCCAAAUUUAUUACCUUCUAUUGUACGGCAAGUUCCGAUAGUAGAAGAAGUUAAACCUGUAAAAAUUUCUGCAAAUGCGGAUUUAGUUUUACCUCAUAGCCCCCUUAUUCUGCCACCACGAGAUGAUGCUGCUGAAUACGAUGAUACGGGUGACACUAAUAAUUUUCAAGAUGAUCCAAAGCUCGUGAUUUGGCGAAAGGGAAAUAAAGCGGUAAUAAAACUGCACGUGACUCCGAAUGAGAAUAUUCAAGAGAGUGGAAGCGAUUCAGUUAUAGUUGGCUUCGUUAUGCAGUAUGGAUACGUGAAUACAAUUACAACAUUAGAACAUAAAGCACCUCAGAAGCUGGAUCUCCAGGUUAAAUUGUUCCUUAGUGUAGGAAACAUUGUUGGAACUGCUUAAUAUAUGCUACGAUAAUAUUAAUAUUUAUUAAUACAAUUAAUUCUUACACUAUAAAGAUCAUAAUAAGUUGUACUAAUCUUUCUAAGUAUUGUUAUGUUUUUAUAACUUAAAAUUAUUAUUUUUCAGUUGCAAUAAUAUAAACCUUUUAAUUCACUAUUUAAAUUAAAUUAUUGCUUAGUAUUAUAAAGGAAUGUUUCUUUUCCAGUUAAGCUCCAAAAUUCGUGGUUUUUGCUAUUUUGCUAUUUACAAAAUGCUAUUUGUAUGAA